AUGGCCGGCAAGAGCAAGGGACGCACGGCCGCUGGACCGGACUGGUCAAUACGGUUGGGCUAUUACCGUCACAAACGCUUCGUCGUUUCUCAGAGCUUUAUUUUUCUUGCCAAUCUCCGAGAUCCCCGCGACUUUCAAGCGCUCGUCGUGCCACAUUCGGUUCACCCUGGGGCCAGUUCACGCGCGCACUGGAGAGAUAGGGCUCUUCUGAAUCCGCGCUUUACCACGAUCUGGGAGCCUUGGAAACGUUAUGUGAUGCAGAAAUGUGAGGGUGGCGACGGCGUGCUUCACCGCACCGUCUCGGCCGCUCUGCACGCCGUUUCUCGUGUCUUCACAAUGCGUGGCACAACAAAGAAACUCAGGCGCACAUCUAGGCGAGACUACAGUGACGGGGAAUACAUCCCAAGCUCACAGUCCCCUGAUCCUGCCGGGAUUGCAAGGGGAGAAAGGAUAAAGCCUCAACUCCAUGACUGGGUUCCGCACAACUCGGACGACAUUCCCUCAGUAAUACCGCCGGCCUUGCGAAAAGCCCUCGACACUCUCAACAGUGCGGAGAAGGCCGCUCAAGGGAACAUCGUGUAUCACGCUCAACUUGCGGAAGACGACGAACCAAGCGAAUUGCGAUGGGCCCUCAAAUGUUCCAUCUGCGACAAAUACUUCAUCGCCCAAUAUCACGGCAGCCCCGACAUCAGACACUUCAAAGCCCACGUCGCCGGGAGGCGGCAUGCGAGGAUCGAGCGGGAGCGAGCCAAACCGAGCCGAGCCAACAACGCCUUUGUCGCGAUCACCCCACCCGCCUCUUCCCGGCGGCCGGGUCGCCCUCGCGGGCGGUCGUCAUCCCCUGCGCCGCGCGCGGGGUCAUCGCGCGCACGCCUCGCGUCCGCGUCGCCGCCACCGCGCGGACGCCGUGCGGCGGGCGACGCCGUCGCGCGCUUCUGCGACAAGUUCGGGCUCAACGCCGACGACGCCUCGCUGCUCCGUGCCGUCGGCCUGGACGAGGCCAAGAUACGGGUGUUCGGGGACGUGUCGUCGGAGACGCUGGAUGCGCUUUUGAACGGGUUGAAGGAGGAGGGCAUGAGUGUCGCUGGGCGGGCGUUGGUGAAGUACGGCCUGCAAACGGGGAACGCGCGCGAAUCGUUCUUGCAUCCGUCGUAUAAUUUUAACCCUACAAAAAUCCCUGUGCCUUCUCGGCCCGCGCCGCCCGCGCGUCCGGGUGCUUUGGGGCUGCUUCAAGCCCCCGCAAUGACUGAUGCUGUAAAGCGGGCGGGACAGAAGGGGGUGAAGCGUAUUGUUGGCGCUCUGAAUGAAGAGGGAAUGGAGACCGCUGGGAUAAUAUUGGUUAGCAUUGGCCUGGAUCAGUGA